AUGGGUUUUGGUGUCAGAAAGCUGAGACGUGUAGGCAUUGUUUUAGCGGUUUCCAACGCUCUCGUUUUCCUCAUUGGCGCCCUUCUCAUUUCCCAAACCUAUCUCCUCUGCGAUCUCCGUUCUCUUCUUCCCUUCGCCGUCGUUUCUUUUGCCGCCGCUAUUAGAAUCAUAGUCAUGUUUCAAACCGCCGUUGCUCAACAAUCCGUCGCCACUCUCAUUCUCGACGACGGCUCCUCGUCCACCACAGAUCGCCUCCUUUUACGAUUCCACCGACGAGGAAGGUAUAAGAAAUGGUUAUUGUGGAGUCGAUGCACCCUCGCCCUCACAGUGAUUCAAUUUCUCUGCGCUACUUACCUUGUUUCCAAUUCUGCUUACUAUUUUGCCAAAGAUACCUCACCAGCUGUUUGUCUUUUAGAAUUGGGAUGGAACCUUCACUGGCGGAAGCACACGUUACUGUCCAUCUUCAUGGUUCUUGUUUGUUUGGUUGCUCUAGCUCAGUGCUUUACAGGAUCUGAUGUUCUCAGAUGGAGAUCUUUCUAUGAAUCCCAUGACAAUGCUUGGAAAUCCCAUUAUAGAGAGGUUUUUGAUAACGGUUUACGUGAGACCUUGUGCUGUCUUGGCCGCAUCAAAUACUUGACUGCAAAGGAAGAAGAUGAAGUCUAUUCGGUUGCACGAUUGUUAGGUGACCUUGUUGCUUAUCGAGCUUCUGGAACCGGCCAUAUGGAACUUUUGGCAGCUUUAGCUUUACUCCAACAAAAUGAAAAAUCUUCAGAAUCCUCUGAAGGAUCCAGGGAAGCACCGGAGAUACGAGUUAAGGAGGCUGCGACUCUUCAUAAAUUUGCCGAAGCUGCAUACACUGGUCCGUUGCUUGAUGUUGGACGAAAUCCUCUCAUGUUUCUUUGUUUAUGGCUCUAUAGACAAGGGGUUUUGUCUCCUUGGGCACGCAACAGACGACCUGCUUUGGAUGGUGAUAACUGGUGGAGAGGUCAUGCCGCAGCCUUUCUAAAGUAUGCUAAUUUACCUCCUGAAGCACUCAGAUAUGGGAGAGUAAACCAGGUUAGAGAAUUUAAAUGUCCAAUUGUACUGCAUAUGAGGUACUACGUGAAAGUGUGA